AUGGUCACCAGAGAUUUGACAAUGGGGAUGAUAUACUUAGCACAAACCACCACUGGAAUCCUGGGGAAUUUCUCUCUUCUUUCCCAUUAUCUCUAUCUCUAUUUCACAGGAUGCAAGUUUAGGCCCACAGAUUUGAUCAUCAAACACCAGACUGUAGCCAACUGCUUAGUCAUUCUUUCAAAAGGAGUUCCCCAAACCAUGGCAGCUUUGGGGAUGAAGCAUUUCCUCAGUGACAUUGGGUGCAAGCUUGUGUUCUAUGUGCACAGAGUGAGCAGGGAUGUGUCCACCGGCACCACCUGCCUCUUGAGUAUCUCCCAGUCCAUCACCAUCAGUCCCAGGAAAAUUAGAUGGGCAGAACUUAAAGCAAAAUCUCCCAAAUACAUUGGGUCCUGCAAUAUCCUCUGCUGGAUGUUGAACCUGAUACUAAAUGUCAUGGUGCCUGUGUAUGUGACUGGCAAUGGGAGUGACAAAAACAUCACAAAGAAAACUGAUUAUGGCUACUGUCAUUCUGUGAGUCAUGGCAAAUUCACAGAUUCCCUGUAUGUAGCACUGGUGUUACUCCGAGAUGUUUUCUUCAUGGGCCUCAUGCUGCAGGCCAGUGGCUUAAUGGUUUUCACCCUGUACAGGCACAGGCAGCAGGUCCAAUACAUCCAUAGGACCAACAUCACCUCCAGGUCCUCCCCAGAGUCCAGAGCCACCCACAGCAUCCUUGUCCUGGUGAGCACCUUUGUGUCUUUGUGCACUCUCUCCUCCAUCUUUCACAUUUGCUUGGCUGUUUUAAACAAUCCCAGUUUGUGGCUGGUGAAUACCUCUGCACUAAUUGCUGGGAGUUUCCCAAUUGUGAGCCCCUACAUUCUCAUGAGACAUGACUCCAGGGUGCCCAGCCUCUCUUGUGCCCAUUUAAGGAAUACCAAAUCCCUUAUUUAA